AUGAAGUUCUCCGUGCCCAUUGUCCUUGCUGCCGCCGCCUCUGCUGUUUCUGCUGCAGACUCCUCCAUCUCUGGCUCCUCCUCCUGGACCCACACCACCACCGUCACCAACAAUGGCAUGACGUACACCAAGACCGGCACCGAGCUUUACACAGGCCAGCCAACCACCGAGCCAACCAGCGGUACCUACACCUUCACUGUCAUGAAGGGCGACUACACCAAGCUCAUCACCAACACCUACGGCCAGGCCACCACCGUGUCCACCGACAUGCUUGUCGUUGGUCCUGAUGAGACCUACUCCAGACCUGUUUCCCAGGUGGUUCACACCACCGAGGUGUCGAGUUGGUUUUCUUCGCACUCUACUGAGAACUCCGCCGCACUGGCCUCGGCCGCAGGUAAGCCCACUGGAUCCUCGUCCAAGUCCUCCUCCCAAUCUUCGUCCGGCUCGUCUUCGUCCGGCUCUUCUUCUGGCGCCGCCGGCUCCUUGCAGUACGGCGCAGGCGUUGGCGCUUUUGGCGUUGCUGCCGCUUUGCUUUUGUAG